AUGGUGGAUGCCUUGUUGAGGAGCCUGAACGUUGGGCGGGCUUGUGCAAUUUUCGACGGCGGCCUUGGUAAGUUUGACAUUGCGGCCAUAUGCCAUGAGGUGCGCUGUGUGAACACACAGGUCGGGGAAACAUUAUGCAUCACGCUAUCCGACGUGGAGCAUCGUGUGGCUGGCGAGGACCUUCAUAGUCUUGGCACGGUCGCCAUUAUCAAGUCGCAGGCUGAGGAUGUCGUCCUUGUUCUUAAGGUUUGGGCCACACGGGACACACCGCCCUUCUCCAAACACGCCGAGAAGCGGCAUGUGGGCGAGGUACGUAUUCCCCUUCGUCAUCUGUCAGACCUCUGCAACUGCAUGUUGUACUUUACUUGGGUCAACCUUGAAAGCGCAGGGCUCAACGAUUCCGUUGCUCACCUAGGCUAUGGAAACCCAUUUGCUGCCAACAGUUCGGAGUCCUUUCUCCAGGGCAUCAUGAGCAAUCCGCGGCAGCUGUUCCAGCCGAAGGCCUGCAUCUCCCUCUGUCGAGCAGAUGAACUCGCCGAGACUGACAGACUGUUGUGGACGAAGGACUUGCCAAGGCAAGACCGCAUCAAGCGAUGGGGACCCCUCCUGCGAUCUCAACAGCAGCAUGCUGUGAUGUGCACGGCCCAGAACCUCGAGGCUGCUGCGCAGCAGAAUGGGACGGGUGACCUCCCACAAAGACUUAUGCAUCUCAGGGCUCAGGCUGAUGAGCAAGCUCAGGAGAUCGAGCUGCUGCAGGAGCAGUUGCAGUCCGCAUCGCGAGUAACUACCGCCCCUACAUCUGCGGAAGCGCUGGACGUGUUGCUCAAUGGAGGAGACCAAUGGAGACAAAAGCCGUCCAUGACACUGCUGGAAGAGCGAACGAGUCGUCAGCUCGAAGAGGCAAGAGGUCUCGCCAUGCAGACCGAAGCUGCACUGGCCAGGCGUGGGCGAGACGCCGAAGCGCACAAGGAGCUCGAAACGCAGCAAAGUUUAAGCACUCAGCUCCGAGGAGAGCUGCAAAGCUAUGAGGUUGAGCUCUCAAAACUUGGCGAAGAAGCCAACAACAAAAUCGAGGCGGCGAACAUCCGCAUCCGGGCGCUUCGAAGGGAGCGCGAUGAGGCAUCUCGAUCACUUGCAGAACGAAGAGAAGGCAAUCAAAAGCUGCAGCUGCUCCUCGAGGAGUUGGAAGACGAAAAGUCGCAGCUUGCCCAGCAAAAGGAGACCUUGAUGCGGAUGGUGGAGGACCUGCAUGCGUGCUGCAACGAGGCAGGACUUCCUGCAGCAGAUCGAGCCUCCAUCGACAGCAUCAGUGGCUUCAAGCUGCCGAGCUGA